CCGAGCCGCUCCGGCUUCUUUGUCUGCGGGCGGCAGCCUCGGCCGCGGCCCCCUGGCCCGGGCAGGGACAUGAGUGUCUAGUCGGUGGCCGCUGGGCAGCCGGGGAGCGGGAGGCUGGGCUUCGGGCUCCGCAGCCACACGGCACCUCCCUACAGCCUGUAAAUCCAGGAACAGUAGGAAAAUCUGUAGAGAAAGCAGAUGAGAGGCUCCCAGGGGCUGGGAGAGGCAGUGCCAGUGGAGUUUCGUGUUCCUGAACUAGAAGUGCUCCUGGAUGCACAGCGUCGUGAGUGUACAGAAUCCCGCUGAAAGAGAUGCUUUAAAACCCCAGAAGUGCUGGCCCACACUGCUAAUCCCAGCACUCAGCAGUCAGAGAAUGCAUUAGGUGGGGACUGGCACCCACCCCACCCGGCAGUGACCAUGGAUCCUGGAGCUGGCUCUGACUCAUCUCUGACCGUGAAUGAGCAGGUCAUUGUGAUGUCAGGCCAUGAGACCAUCCGAGUGCUGGAAGUCGGGGUGGAUGCUCAGCUCCCGGCUGAGGAGGAGAGCAAAGGACUAGAGAGCGUGGCUGCUGACGGCUCCCAGAGUAGAGGCCCUGCCGAAGCUGGCGAACCUGCUGCUGAAGCCGGGCAGCGCGACCCAGACCACUCUGCAGAGGCAACUGUGAAGUCGCUGCCCGGGAUCCCUCCGAGUCCUGCCCCAGCCAUUGCCACCUUCAGCCAAGCCCCAAGCCAGCCUCAGGCAUCACAGACCCUGACGCCUCUGGCCCUACAAACUGCCCCCCAGGUCUUGACUCAGGAAAACUUAGCCACAGUUCUGACAGGAGUUGUGGUUCCGGCAGGGGCGGUUACUCAACCUCUUCUUAUCCCCAUCAGUAUUGCAGGUCAGGUGUCUGGGCAGCAGGGGCUGGCCGUGUGGACAAUCCCUACAGCAGCCGUGGCUGCCCUCCCUGGACUGGCCGCUGCGUCUCCUACCGCGGCAGUCUUCAAGCCACCGUUAGCUGGGCUCCAAGCAGCUGCCGUGCUGAACACCGCUCUCCCGACACCUGUACAAGCUGCCCCACCAGUCCAGGCCUCCUCGCCCACCCAGCCCCGGCCACCAGCUCAGCCCCAGACGCUGUUCCAGACCCAGCCGCUGCUACAGACCACGCCUGCCAUACUCCCACAGCCCACUGCUGCCACCGUCUCCGCCCCCACCCCGAAGCCAGUGGACACCACUCCACAGAUCACCGUCCAGCCUGCCGGCUUCGCGUUUAGCCCAGGGAUCAUCAGUGCUGCCUCCCUCGGGGGACAGACCCAGAUCCUGGGCUCCCUCGCUGCGGCUCCAGUCAUUACCAAUGCCAUUCCCAGCAUGCCGGGGAUCAGCAGUCAGAUCCUCACCAAUGCUCAGGGACAGGUUAUUGGAGCACUUCCGUGGGUAGUGAACUCGGCUAGUGUGGCUACACCGGCACCAGCACAGAGCCUACAGGUCCAAGCCGUGACUCCCCAACUCUUGCUGAAUGCCCAGGGCCAGGUGAUUGCAACCCUAGCCAGCAGCCCCCUGCCUCAACCUAUGGCUGUCCGGAAGCCAAACACACCGGAGUCCCCUGCUAAGAGUGAGGUGCAGCCUAUCCAGCCGACGCCAGCUGUGCCGCAGCCUGCAGUGGUCAUCACCAGCCCGGCCUCAGGAGUCAAGCCCUCUGCCUCAGCUCCUAUCCCGAUCACCUGCUCCGAGACCCCUACCGUCAGUCAGCUGGUCUCGAAGCCGCACACCCCGAGCCUGGAUGAGGACGGGAUCAACUUAGAAGAGAUCCGGGAGUUUGCCAAGAAUUUUAAGAUCCGGCGGCUCUCCCUGGGUCUCACACAGACCCAAGUGGGCCAGGCUUUGACUGCAACAGAAGGUCCAGCCUACAGCCAAUCAGCCAUCUGCCGGUUUGAGAAGUUAGACAUCACACCCAAGAGUGCCCAGAAGCUGAAGCCGGUUCUGGAGAAGUGGCUGAAUGAGGCGGAGCUCCGGAACCAGGAAGGCCAGCAGAAUCUGAUGGAGUUUGUGGGCGGUGAGCCCUCCAAGAAACGCAAACGGCGAACCUCCUUCACGCCGCAGGCCAUAGAGGCUCUCAAUGCCUACUUUGAGAAGAACCCCCUGCCCACUGGCCAGGAGAUCACCGAGAUCGCUAAGGAGCUCAACUAUGACCGUGAGGUGGUACGGGUCUGGUUCUGUAAUCGACGCCAGACACUCAAAAACACCAGCAAGCUGAACGUCUUUCAGAUCCCUUAGGGCUUCCUCUCAGCCCUUGUUCCAGCACUUUCUACUGUUCCCUCAGCAACUGGCUGUCGUCACUGUGGCAGUACCGUGUGCAGCUGAGCUUGCCCUAGGUCAUGAGACUCCACCUGUGCAUGUGUGUCAAUGCCUGCCUCUUCUGCCCAAUAUGUCACACCCUGGGGAGGCCCAAGGGGCUGCAUGAGAGCCCUAGGCUCUGGGCUGGGCACAUGGAAGGAGGGGAUUUAUGGUGUUCUCUCAAAAAGCACUUUGACAACAUGGUUUCUGAAGGGUAUGUUCUGGUUGGGAACCAGAAAGGCUCUGUCUUUGGGGUGGGGCUGUAGCAACUCUUGGGGACCGCUGUGCACUAGCUCUUGUUUUUGGUGGCACUCUCCACCCCUUGCCCUUAGCUCCUCCAAGGUUGUACCAGUGUGACAGCUCACCCAGCCUCACACUGCCCUCUUUUACUUUCUACACAGGCACAUUAACCCCCUUAAAAGACCAAGGAGAUGAAGUUCAGAAGUGUGACUCACUGUCUGCCUUGACCUCCAACAGAAAGUCCCAGAGCUGUGGGGUCAGAUGCUGGGAGGUUCCUCCUGGGGUCCUGGGUGGGAUUGCACUAACGCAGAAACUUUCCUCUACAAACCAAGUGGGAAGGGAAGCAACAGCGAACUCUCCCAUCCUGGAGAGUCUUAGGUCUGUCGCAGGUCUGGAAUUUAGUAAAUAAGGCCAUCCACCCAGAUUUUAAUCUAAUCGUCAUCUGUGACCAUCUCCCAAGGAAAGCUCUCUAGGGAGCUGUCAGCUUGGGAACAUUUCCACUGCCCACUCACACAGGCAGCUACAGGGGGCGCGGAUACCCUCUCUUAUGCCCAUACCCAUCUCAGUCCAGCACUCUUUAGAGGAACAAACUGAGUGAGAAGCCAGAAAGCAAGGAGCCGGAGUGAGGAGGAGGGCAAUGUUCAGAAAGAUGAUGGUCCAGGAAGAUGUCUAGUUGAGGCUGGCUUACCUCUCGCUUUCUUUGUAACUUUAAGUCUUGGAUGUUGGAGUUUUCACUUUGUCAGAUUGCAGACCAGGUCUGUGUGUGACAAGCCCCGGGCCGCUCUGCCAUGCUCCUCUGAGCCAAGAGUGCCCAGGUCGGUAUGGACUUUGCCUCCGUAGGUGAUGGCAUGCUGGGGGCUAGCAUCAUAUUCAAGUCUCUAAGUGAGCUUCCAGCCACAGGGAGGCUGGCCAGCCCUUUGUCAGUGUGUUGGCUGGAGAAUGUAGCUCGGUGGGAGAGAAUUUAGCACUUACAAGGCUCCAAUUCAGUUUCUAGCACUAAGGAGAAAAUUAAUUAGUAUUUGGUUUCAGGAAGUCAGGAAAAAGCUAAGAUAAUUGCUUGAAUGACCCCAGAAUUGCCACGUAGACUGUUCUUGUCUACAAGGAUAAGGACAACCAGUCGCUACUUUUUAUUUUGGUUUGUUGUUUUGUUUUUUGAAAUAGGAUCUCACUUAGUCCAAGCUGACUUGAAACUUGUGGUUGAAAAUGACCUUGAACUCCUAAUUGACCCUCCUGCCACCGUGCCACUGCGCCUGGCUCUUCUCCACUCUCAGCCUUACAGAGCCUGCAGUCUAGAUACCCACCUUGCACCUCGUGUGAUCUGCCCUGAGGAAAUGACAGUCAAACAAACAUUACCUUCUCUGCUGAUCACAGUGCAGAGACACUGAGGCCUCGCUUCCUCUCCUCUUGGGUCCUGCAGUGCCAGUAUGGAGAAGCAGAUGGUAGCUCUCCUGUGAGAUGGGGACAGUAGUAUGUGAAUUAACACACACACACACCACGGCAUUCACAUCAACCAAACCUGCUGGGGUCUGCAGGGAAUAAGGAGGCAGGUGCGCAGCUCUCCUGACUCUGCCUCCCAGGACAGCGCGUCCCCAGAGGGGGGAAGGCCGUCUCCUUGGCGACUGUGAUUGUCAGCUGCUUCCGUGAGGUGGGAAGUCAGGAGGGUACUGCACGUGAGUUUUCAGUGUGGAUGCUUACAUCUUGGAGCUUAUCGAGUGACUCACUUGAGAAAUUAUAUGCAGCUUUUCUUGCUCGAAACCUGCACUCAAGAGUGCUGUUUUCUGUGGGGUGGCAUGUUGUAUGAAGUGUGGCCAUGCUGUGGCCAUGCAGGAGGAUGAUCUAAAUUAAACCUGGCCAUGCUUUCUCAGCCCGUCCUUGGUCUAAACUUGUCUUCCCAAGGCUGGGCCAGAGUAAACCGUUUUCUCCUGUGUAGGAAAGAUGCAUUCGGAACAGUAGGAGAGCCCGGAUGUUUACAGGCUGGACUUCCCAAAUGCGAGGUGCAAGGUAUGCAUUAAGUGCCCCCAAAGUAUAGUUUACUUUGACCUAUGAACUCUGCCUCUGCUCCCCCAGUCUGAGCCACUAACCUACAAGGUAGUUUUUGUUGUUGUUUGGGUUUGGGGAACAUUAGACUCUAAAAAAGAGUUAACAGUUUUAUUUCGAAAGCACCCUCCUGGACUUAAGCCCAUGCACAGUGGCUCUCUUGCUCUGGAAGACAGGAGAAUGGGCAGAAAAUGGUCAACUCUGUGGUUGGCUAGUUUGAAGUGGCAGGAAACUAGAACUGUCUACGGCCUGCUGAAUCAGCUGGGCUCUUUGACCCUGCGCUAACUAUGGCGUUUUUUUAUCCAAGCAAAGUCCAGAGAAGAAACUGGUCACGUGAACUGUAAAUGCACUUGAGUUUGGAAUGAGAAAGCCUGUUGUGUUUGUGUUCUUGAAAAUCCAGUCGCCUUCCUAUGCCCAGGAUUCCCUCCCUGCCUGCUAGGCCAGAUUCUGGCAUUGAUGUCCUGAUGGUCUCCCCGCAGGGGGCAUUGCCCCUGGAAGCUGGGAGAACAGGGGAGAAGCACUUGGUGUAGUUGUGUGAAU